UCGUACAAGUACAUUCUUAAUGCUUGAUAAGCGCACUUAUAUAGACCGUUAGAAAUAAUCUAACAUUAACUGUAGGCAAGAAAACACCACGAAUAUGAACUUUCUGUUUUUGUUUUUAACGGUGCCCAUUGUCGCAGGUUCACCAUUAAUUCAUCUCGCAAAAAGAAGUGUUACUGCUCAACGGAAUCAGUUUCCCUACCAUGUUCAGUUGGUUUACACAUAUAAAAUACCCUUAAUUUCGAGAUGUAGCGGUGCUACAAUUUCCGAAAAUUAUGUGCUGACUACCGCUAAUUGCGCUACAACGCCACCUACAUCAGUCAUUGCUGGUAUUUUAGAAAGACAUGAAAUUUCACCCCAUAGACAGAUGGUAAAAGUUAAAAAAGUAAAGAUUCAUCCAUUAUAUAUCAGAUUGAGAGGAAUUUACAACGUUGCUUUAAUACACCUCGACUUUCCGCUAAAAUUUAAUUCAGCUGUAAAUAAAAUUGAUCUUCCUCCACCCGAUUAUGAGAUUAAAGGAACUGCACAGCAAACAGGCUGGGAAUGGCGACUUUUAUUUCCCAAUUAUAAACUACAAGUUACGGAAAAACAACUUAUCAGAUGUAGUUUCAGAAAAUUUUCUUUAAACCCAUUCAACUGGAAUGCAAAGUUGAUACAAAAACGUAUAUUGUGCGCGAAGGGAGAAGGUCCAUUAUCAGAAUGCAAAAAAGAUUCUGGAGAACCGUUAGUGCAAGAUAAAUAUCUUAUUGGAUUAUCCAUCACUGAUGUGACAAAAUGUAAAUUAUUUGCUUCUACCUCAGUUUACGCUAAUGUGCUGGCGUAUGUCAGUUGGUUAAGGAAUGAAAUGGGUGAAAUCUUACCUUCAGAAAGUACAACAACGCCAUCUUUAGAAGGAAUCACUAAGGCACCUACUGUUGGGACAAGAAGAUCUUCUGAGCAAUCUAGAGCAUUAUUUCCUGAACCUAAAGUAAGAACAAAACCAUCUUUAGACGAUUCCGCAGGAAUACCUUUUGAAAGUUCCCCAAAACCAUCUUUAAAAGAAUCCACACCAAAGCCAUCUGAAGAGGAAUCGUCAAGUCCAAGUUCUAAAACGACCACAGGACAAACCUAUGAGGUAACAACAAAUCCCCCCCUCGAUGGAUCUACAGCACCUUCUUCUGAUGUAUACACAGUCGCUUCAGAAGAAUCUGGUCGAUCAAUUCCAGAAGAAUCCUCAAGCACAGAACACACUACGCCUAAUGAGAUAUUUUCAGAUGAACCUAGUCAAUCAACUUCAGAAGAAUUCUCAAGCGCAAAAGAACCUGCACUUAAUGAGACACCUUCAGAAGAAUCUGGUGAAUCAAUUCUAAAAAAUUUUUAUUAUCAAUACAUUGAGAUACGUACCUAACUGUCGACCAUUUUGGCGAAUGAUAUUAUGCCAGUAACUCAAAUAAAGGGAUGUAGCUAUGUUA